UCCAGACGUGCCGAGUUUUGAAUCUAGCGGUAAUCGUUCUCAUAGUGCGAUCAGGAGGUCAUGCGAAAAGCUGUAGUUAUAGACAAUGGGUCGGGUCUGUGCAAGGCUGGGUUUGCUUCACACGAAGCUCCUCGUGCGGUCUUUCCGUCAAUAGUCGGUCGCCAGCACCGUCCCAGUCGAAAGGCCAUGAUAACUAUUGGAAGGAAGGAUAUAUACGUCGGUCUGGAAGCGCAAGAGAUGUGUGAGAAUCUUGUCGUCAGCCGACCUAUACAAAAGGGUGUUUUCUCGAAUUGGGACGACUUGGAAAAGAUUUGGUAUCAUGUGUUCUAUAGUGCGCUAUGCGUUGCUCCAGAACAACAUCCCGUUCUUCUCACCGAAGCUCCAAUGAACUCGAAGAUCAACAGAGAAACGAUGACACAGUUAAUGUUCGAAACAUUCAAUAUCCCUGCAUUGUACAUCGCCGUACAGGCCGUUCUCGCUCUGUAUGCAGCAGGCCUUACGACUGGAAUUGUCCUCGACUCCGGUGAUGGAGUCACACACUCGGUCCCUAUUAAGGAGGGUUACCCACUGCCUCACGCUGUACUUCCAUUUCAUUUGGCAGGCGGCGAUUUAACGGAUUACCUAUUAAACAUUCUGAACGAAAACAACGACUGUUCGUUUACAAGAACGGAAUCGGACAGAAAAAUAGUGACGCAAAUCAAGGAGAAAAUGACGCGAGUGGCUUUGGACUAUGAGAAGGAAAUGGAGGUGGCGCUUGCUAUUCCAUCGUCUGAGAAGAAAUUUGAGUUGCCAGACGGACAGAUAGUGAACAUUGGCAACGGCGAAAUUCUUUGUCCUGAGGCUAUGUUUCGACCUGAGUUGUUGGGCAAAGACUUUGUCGGAGUUCACAAAACCCUAAAUAGUUCAAUAACGACGUGUGAAGAAUCCUACAGAAAUGACAUGUAUUCUAAUAUAGUCAUGUCGGGUGGUAACACCAUGUUUGUUGGUAUGGAUGCCAGAUUGCAAGAGGAGAUGACAUUGCUUGCACCAGCGGGUACAAAGGUCAAGGUUAUUGCAAAGCCAGAACGACAGUACAGCGUCUGGAUGGGAGGGUCAAUGAUCGCCUCCAUGCCUACAUUUCAGCAUAUGUGGAUCAGCAAGGAAGACUACGACGAGGAAGGUCCGUCCGUUGCACACAGAAAAUGCUACUAAUGUGGCCCCUUCACAUCCACUCGGUUACACGCACAACCACUUACACAGACAUGCGGUCAUACGCGCCAAUGGUAAAUUGACUAAUUGUCUGAUGAUGUUAGAACUGAUAUUAUAUUUAGAAGUAAAAUAUCAGACUUUAAGUUAUGUCCUGCAGGUUCCAAGCUAUAGCCCGUCUUCGUGUCUUGCAUUGCUAACUAAUGCUUUCAUUAAA